GUGCGCUAGGACGGAUGUCAUUAUAGCAAGUCGCACUGCCUCCUGAACCUUCCCGGCGAUUCAGCAUCUGAAGACUCAGACGAAGACAUCAGCAGCAGCCAUGAAGGCCGUCCUCGUUUUGAUGCUACUAAUCGUUUUACUUGCAGCAAUUGAAGCUGGGGCUAUGCCCAGAGUCUAUCGCCAUAUAUACCGCGCUGCCAGACAUGUCGCUGCCAGAAAUGUUGCUGCCAGAAAUGUCGCUGCCAGAAAUGUCGCUGCCAGAAACGUCGCUGCCAGAAAUGUCGCUGCCAGAAAUGUAGCUGCCAGACAUGUCGCUCGUGAGUUCGGCGGUUACCAGUCUGGCAGAGAUGGUGUUAGAGGCUCUUCCGGUUACGGAUACGGCAGAGAUGGUGUUCGUGGCUCCUCCGGUUACGGAUCCGGCAGAGGAGAUGUUCGUGGCUCUUCCGGUUACGGAUCCGGCAGAGGAGAUGUUCGUGGCUCAUCCGGUUAUGGCUCUUCCGGUUAUGGCUCUGGCAGGGGUAAUGCUGGGUACGUCCGAUCGCAAUAAGGUCUUCUCUUGCGCGGACCGACAACGGUCACAAAGAAGACGUGCAAAAGAAGACACUGAGUUCACCAUGAAAGCACUACGUAUCAUGAAGAAUAAAGUGAAGUUGAAAUGCAGAAUAUGUCUCUUGCAUCGAAAGGGAGCAAAAUAUGAAGGCAAUGUGGUAUUGAUAGGUGCUUAA